AUGCUCUCGCUCAAAGCCGUUCACGACUCUCGCCGUACUCGCACUGUCGCUCUGCCACCCUCUGCACGCCUACACUACAACCUCUCGCGCACUCCCGUUGUCGGCACGUCAAUCGGCUCAUCCGCGAGGCUGAAUGGAGCGGUCAUCCUGGCAGGAGGAACGGCGACGAUGGGCAGAGCAAGACCACAGCGGAACACGGCGACGACGCCGGUAGUAGGUCAGGGAAAGGUGAAGGACUCGGAGGACUCGACUCAUGCCGGAAGGAUCGCCCAGGACAAACAGCGGGAGUUGACGACGGCGCAGGCGACAGCGAGUAACGAAGACGCUCUUGGCGCGACAAAAGCGGCGGAAGAAGACUUCCAACCCGCUACAGCGGACCCGCCGACUCACGACGCAUUCGAAACGGCGAAUUCUCCUCCUCCUCCUCCUCCUCCUCCAAGAACACUCCGUCGCGCAGACUCGCACGACUUCGAGAUCGUCCCUCUUGCGCCAACUCUCGCCGAAACUGUCCUUCUCCCUCUUCCGUCGCCGGCCUUGGACGAGGAUGAGUGGGAAAUCCUCGCAGCGCACGACGAUACGAACUGCUCUUGA